GUUUCCCCAACACGCCAUGCCGCUAGAUGUGAGGACAGUCAGUCAAGGCUUCAAGCCUGUCUCUGGACAAGACAUUUGCUGGGUUAUGCAGGACUCGACAUUGACGCAAGCCAAUUCACUCGUUCCAUCCCUCCAACUUUCGCACGACUGGCAUUGAAUGCGCUCGCUGAUUUCAGAAUACCACAAUGCUCAUCAAAUCCACCAAACACGACGCUUUCGUAUAGCAACAGACCACUUCACUGGAUACGCACUGCACGUCAUACUGGUCGCCAUAUACCCUACUCCACAUCCACGACGUGUCUAAAGCCCUGGAGCUGCACGGCGCAAUGCACGAACCAGACCCCUCAGACGCGCAACUGGAUGCGCCUACUGCCUCUGAAGUCGAAACACUCGAGCUAUUCCGCCGUUCACCGCACCCAUACCUUCGUCACAGAGCAGGCUUGAGCAAUGCUCAGACUCCCAGCGAGAACUCAAGCAACAAUGCAUCGGCAUCUCGAACACCCCCUCGCCCAUCCGACCGCACAAUAUCCGACGAAGACCGCAGGAAACGCAGGAAACGCAAUUCACAGUCGCCGAGCGAAAGUGGUACAGAGGCAGAUGACGAAGGCUAUCAAUUCGUAAAAGCAUUGCCUGCGCCUCCCUUAAGGCCACGCAAGGGUCUCCGUGACAGUCAGGGAUUGCGAGAGGAGGGGCUCAGCCCACUACUGACCCCAGCACAAAUCGAAGAAGAAGUGCGCAAAUACUCCGAGGGGUAUUUUCAGGAGAAGCAAGAUGAAUCACAAGCUGGAGAAGCACCUCCAACAGACAAGGAAGCGAAGGCAGCCCGGCAAAAGUACACCAAGAGGCGGCGGAAUGAAGUGGUUAGGAGGACAACUGAGACAGCGCUGUUGGCUGGAAUAGGCCUCCUCGCUGUCAAUGGCUGCGAUUGUUGGCUAAAGCUACUCGAGUGGCAUAGAGCAGAGUUCGCUACUCAUGCCGCGGUCAUGGCAGGCGCCAUAGGACUGUAUCCUCUCAGACUACUCUACCAUUCAUGGAAGGCAGACCCUCCCUCGACGCUUCGAUUUCGCCAGCGGAUACGAAUACCUGCUUCGUUCGACCCAGCGCCUAUUUUAUACCCUGUCGCCUUGCCUGCAUUCAUCUCGGUCUCCCUUUUUGCAUCAUACCGAAAACCAUUACUAGCUAACAUCAUACUUGGACUGGCUGCAUUGCCACCGCAGCUGGUACCGUUCGGCAAGCCAUUAUUGGGCUACUCCUCAGCUCACUGGCUCAUCUCGAUCCUACCGCUUCUAGCCUCAGAAAAUACCGAUAUACCUUCGAAACUGCUCGCAUCGCGGCCAUACAAGCUCAAGUUACCUCCGCCGGAACAAGGACUUGACCCCGAGAUACUGGUGUCACUCUUCCCGUUGCACCAAGCUCUACUUCCACCUCUCUACUAUUUAACCACAACGAGCUUGCUGUCGACAGAACUGCAUCUGCUUUCCGUUGGUUUGAUCAACCUUUUGCUCUUUACGACAUCCCCGCAGGCGGAUAUUCUCAAGACCCUGAUGUGGCUGGGCGGUGUAGGACUCUUCGUAACAUGCGGAAAGGUCCUUAAAUGGGGUGUUGCGCUUGCUAGGAUCCCACGAUGGCGCUUCAGACGUGCCGGGCAGAUCAUCAAAAACCAGCGAUCUUUUCUGCAAACCCUGAACGAAAGCUUGCGACCCAAGCGAACUCAGAGCGCAGCACGAGGACACAUCUCGGACAGUGAUGCGGACGAGGAUGAGCCCAUGUCGGGAUGGCCACUCCAGAAAACCAUUAGCUUCAAGCUGAAUAUAUUAGACUCGAUGCGCGGCAACAACUUGGCCAAUGGGCACGAACCACAGUCAGCAGUGGAUGCGAAGAGAACCAGCUUUGACGGUUUCAACAAUGUCGCUGAUCAAGCUCAUGGAGUGAGACGUAUGCGCAGGAACACAUUGCCCGCUUUGGUGGCGGAUGAUCAUACGUCGAAGCACCGACUCUCAAAUCGGAGACGCUCAAAGUCAAUCGCACAGUCUUACCUAUCCUUGACACCGACUCAGGCAAUGAUUAGGAAGUGGGCGUACGCUGGGUACUUCUACAUGGUUGUUGUGGUAAUGAUCCUCGGUCCGCUGAGGUAUUUCAUUGGCAAAUAUGCACUUCAUAACCAUGAACCAUUCGGCUGGGCCAUUAGCUACCUCUUUGGUAACAUCCAGAGAGUGCGCUGGGAAGUGUUUUACUGGAACCUCGAUUGGUGGAUAGCUUUGCCACUAAUACAGGACUCAGAUGACUUGACACAGACAGCUGCAAACCUCGCACCGGCAGACUACAUUCGCAGUACCCUCCUCGGCGAAGCAAACACUCGACUCCUACUAUGCGCCUACUGCGCCGGUAUCAUAGUCCUUGGCCUAUUAUCUGUUUUCUCACUAUCCUCAGUAGUCGAAGUCGACACCCGCAGAAAAGUGUUCCACGGCACCAUGGUAGCCAUGUUGCUACCGACCAUCUACAUCGAUCCCUGUUUCGUCGCACUUGCACUGAGUCUUGUCCUUGCCAUCUUCUUGCUCCUUGACUUGAUCCGCGCAAGUCAACUACCACCUCUAUCUCGACCUAUCGCUACCUUCCUCACGCCGUACGUCGAUGGACGAGAUCUACGUGGACCCGUUGUCGUCUCACACAUCUUCCUAUUGAUCGGUUGCGCUAUCCCACUCUGGCUUUCUUUAGCAGCUGUUGGUCGCACAGGCGAUGAGCCAUGGGAAGGCUGGGAAGCCACAUCGCGAGACGUCAGUAUGGUCGCAGGCGUCGUCUGUGUAGGUAUGGGUGAUGCAGCAGCAUCGCUCAUCGGCAGGCGCUACGGCAGACGCAAGUGGCCAUGGGCUGGUGGGAAGUCGCUCGAAGGCUCAUUGGCUUUCGCCGUGGCUGUCACCAUUGGCCUUGUGUUUGCUAAAGUCUGGUUGCACUUUGGCUGGGGCGAUGUCAAUGCAGUACCGAAGACGACUAUAGAGCUAGCAGUUGAUGCAUCACUCACGGUCGCGAAAGCAGCGCUGUGUGCUGUGGGUGCUAGUCUCAACGAGGCGGUACUGACAGGCGGAAACGAUAAUGUGAUUGUGCCUGUGGUGUUGUGGGUGCUUGUUAGAGGGGUUAGACUAUAGUCACAUAGACCACAAUGCAUACACGUUAUGACUGACCAGGGGUUGUUGCUCUCUGGCUUGGCAGGAAGUGACGACUGGCACUGGAAAAGAAAUGCAUAAAGGCACGAUGUUCCCAUCCCCUUUCUGACCUGCUUUUUUUCCCACUUCCUACCUCCUCGCGCUCCCUGUCCAAACGACCCGCACC